AUGGCCCAGGGUGGCAUGGGGAGGGUCCCGGCGCUCCUCGCACGAUGCGCCUCGCAGACCUCGAGAAUAAGCCGGUCAAACAGAUAUUUCUCGAGCACAUCUCCUUACUCUAAAGAAUUCUUAGCCGCAUUCAAACCCUCAAGCUCGCCGGAAUUGGACGCGCUGCUCACCAACUUUCGGCAGAACCUAUUGAUUCCCUUGUCGCUGAGUAGCCGACACAGAAGGUUAAUAUACAGAGAUAGAUUUGCCGAACAAAUAAAAGAUAACCCGAUCUCAGUCAAUGUCGGCGGAGAGGAAGAAGAAUCGUAUCGCCUGCGACACAUGACACUUACAGACCACCCCGGCGACAAGGAAUUGAGACAAAUGGUCUCAUUGAUGAAAACCCACAAUGACUGGCUGAACAUGAUCCCUUUCCUAAUCGGCCUACAAAACGCAAACCGGCCGCUUUCGACCAAGCGUUUGGCAUGGGUGGUUCGCAAGGCCGGCCUGGCCGGACAAGCCGGUGUCAUGCUCGAGGCCGCAAAACAAUGGAGACGGACGGGCGUCACCUUGAACGAUCCCGCUAUAGCAACAGCGCUUUUCCUCGCGAUCCGAUACAACGCUCAGCAAGUUGAUUUCAAAGGCGAAGAGGCUCAAAAGGCGCUGCGACAGGCUCGAACAGCCGCCGAGCUGUUGGACGCUCCAGAGCAUACUGCAACUGAUCCCAAGCGUGAUGCAAAGCGCCUGCCGGGCAUCAUCGCUAUUCUAUUAGAGCUAAGUGCCGCCGAAGCUCUCAAUUCGGGUGAAGGCAAGGAUGUUCGAGGAGAGGUUCGAGCGUACGCGCAGCGAGUCAUCAGUACAUGGCCGCUUGGAGACUUUGAUAUUCCAGCCGAACGUCAUGCCGCUCAGUUCAAAUUGUUCGAGCUAGUCCCCAUAUGGCAUGGAAUGAGCCUGGCUUUGCAGGUGGAGGAGGUCAAGACCAACGCCGAGUUAUCCGAGGGUUUGAAAUCCUGCAUGAGCGAGCUUGGAAAGACAAUUGAUACCAUCGUGGAGAACGUCACGAAGGAAAGCGGCGAUGCGAAACGAGAAGGGGUGGAGCUGGCAAAACGACUGUGCCAUAGAUAG